GGAAAGGGGGCGUUUUCCCAACACCUCCAGAAACGCCCAUUUUACGUCGUGGUAAUGAAACCCCUGGAAUUUAGCGAAUGCCUUUUUUUUGCAGAAUGGUUGGACUGGAAAGAAGUGAAGCGACCUGGCAACCCUGCAGUCCUCCCACGCCCCCUAGCGUCAGUGCUAACAGGGAGCUCCUCCACUCUCAGCCCCAGGGCGAAGUUUGUGCUGUGCGAAGUUUGUGAGGUUCCAGGAGAAGAGCUGCUCCUCGGCAGUAUGAGUGAGUUGGCUGUUCCUCAGAAGAGAGAUGAAGGCUGGUAUCUGUCACUUAUGGCACCUAACACAAAGGGCCGAAAGUUUGCAUGGCUUGAUCCCUCCAGACUUUACUGCAACUCCCAGGCCUUAUCAGACUGUGUGACAGAUCUUCUCAAACCAUUCCAAAGUGACUCGGUUGACCUGGUGGCUGGAAUAGACGCAAUGGGCUUUAUCCUCGGUUCAGCUGUGGCCACCACUCUGGGAAAAGGCUUUCUGGCCAUCCGAAAAGCAGGACACCUGUGUGUAGAGACUCAGACGCAGGAAUAUACCGACUACUCAGGCAGAGACAAGCUAAUGGAAGUGCGAGUUGAUGUGUUAAAACCAGGUCUGCGUGUUCUCAUAGUUGACCAGUGGAUUGAGACUGGAGGUACAAUGAAGGCUGCCAUCAAACUGGUAGAAAAACAGGGAGCGUCUGUUGUAGGUGUUGCUGCUGUGGCCAUUGAGAACAGCGAGGGUGGAAAGUGGAUAAAGGAAAACUACAAGCACUCACACUGCAUCCCUAAGAAACUUCAGUCUCAAAUAGACAGGCAGUAUCUGGAAUCUUUCAAGAACUUCAACAGUUACAGAGACGUUACAGAGUAGGUAUCUAUGAGGAUAGUGGUACUAGAAGAAGAAAACAAUUCUGUGCUUUGUUCUGCCAUAUACCAUAAGCCACAUAUAUACAUUGUUCUGCUGUUUUCUUGUCUGUCUGAAGAUGAGUGCAUCCUCACAAUGGACUGAAAGAGAAAAUGCUAAGUGAAACUAAUCUAAUCUAUUCUUCUUCCUCAAAAGUUAACUUACAACACUGACUUUUAUUAUUGACUUAACCUAAGAACAUGAAGUAGUUCAUAAUAUAGGAUUAUUGAAAUGGUAUGUGGCUCACAUUUUUUUAAACAGGAAACUUGAUGGCAUGUUAAAGUAGGCUGUACAGCAUGCUUUAAAAAAAAUUCUUAAGCAACAGGCCGUGGAAAAUACUUCAGGAGAUUUUAAUUAAACUAAUUUAACAACAUUGUAUACAAUAUUUAAACAAGAAAAUGUAUAAUAUGAUGUAGCACAAAAAACACAAUCUAUAAAUUGUUCAGCAUGUUACUGUGUAAAACAGUACAAAAGUCUUAAGUGUGUAUUAAAUGUGUAUAAAAUUUC